AUGGCGUGCCAUUAUACUUCUGUAAUGGAAAAGUUUUCGACAUUUUACCCAAAUGGAGAAGGAAUCUCGGCGAAUGAACUAAAUCGAUCGAACCAAGAUCUUGAUUUGACAAAGUACAUGGAUAUUGAUGAAUUCAUUCAAGUUUUGCAAGAAACGGAACGAAUAACACCGUUUGGAAGGCUAAAAGCAGAAGCGAAUGUUAACCUGGACGAUGUAAAUACUGUUAAAUGGUUCAGCCAUCAAAUGGAGCAGCCAGGGUUUAAUCAAUCGAAGAAAAAAAAGAUUCCGUUGACAUCAAGUGUUUUGCAAGUGAUAGAGAUGGACAGAAAAUUGCGUGAUAUGGACACGAAGAGCAAUGUUUUGCCUUUGUACAGUCCUGAACAAACCCAAGAAAUUCUGGACGAUUGUGCGCUUACGAACUACCUAGUUCAGUUGUUAAGCGAUAAAGGGAAUUCCAGUUAA